AAAGAGAAAAUAGUAAGAAAAGGAAGAAGGGGAAGGAAAGAAAAAAAAAAAGAGGGGGGAAAAAGGAAAAAAAAAAAAGAAAGAGGGGAAAAAGGUGAAAAAAAAAAAAAAAGAGGAAAAAGAAGGAAAAAAUGGAGGAGAAAAAGGAAGGAGAAAGAAGGAAAGAAAGGAGAAGAAAAGGGAAGAGAAAAAAAGGAGCGAAAGGGAGUGAAAGGGGAGAAAGGUGGAGAGGAAAGAAAGUAUUAUAGUAAAGAAGAAAAUAGUGAAGAAAAUAGUGUUAAAGAAGAUAGUGUUAAAGAAGAUAAUGCUAAAAAAGAUAGUAAAGAAGAAAAAGAUAUUAAAAAAAUA